AUUUUACUUCAUAGCAUAAGUAACCUUGAGUUUUUAAUUCCUGGCAACUGUGUGUAUGCAAUCGCCAUUUGUCUAGUGGCAGCGAAACGAUUCGGAGCUUUUAUUCAUCGAAAACAAUAGCAAGGGCACACGCAGUCGUAAAAACUGCACUAGCACAUCGUCACAACAACAAUAAUUUUACAGCAGUACUUGGCAACGAUACUCAGCAAAAAUCAACACCAUCAUUACCACCGUCAGCAGUCCAUAAGUUCGGACGGUGGGAAAGCUAUAUAUGUGUCCCAUCUGCGGUAUAAUUUCCUUCGCAAAUCACGACUUCACGUCCGGUCGCUCAACAACAACAAAACAACAACAACAACAACAACAAAACAAAACCGUGUCCAAGGAUGAUGGGGAGAGUCCAUUUGUGUGGAAAAAUUGGUCCGGCGCUUCAUUGCUGGAUCAGUACAUGCUGCCUCCGCUCGGAUAUGGAGCGCCAUAUCAAGUAGUAACAUUCCUAAUUCUAGUCGAAGCGCGGAGGACAUCAUUGGAUGCGCAACCGGAUAAUUCGACCGUGGCGGAAGUGUCGGCAAUUAAGCAAUCCGCCAAGGGAAUAGACAAAGAUUUAAUGUUCCGCUGUCAGUUUCGAUUGGGAUUUCCAGUGAAAAUAGAAAUAUCGCUAUUCUGUGUGGUUGUCAUACUUGACAAUGUAUUCGCAUAAGAGACACCCGAAACCAGCGUGUGUAACUUCGAGGAAAACGAAGAGCGUGCGGC